AAAAAAGUAUUAUGUCAAAAUGACAAACCAUGUCAGAUCAAACAAAAUGAAAAAAUAAUUUAUAAAAAUAUACAAAAAAAAAUCAAAAAAUGAUUCUUAAACCGUUAUUGACAUUUAGUGCUAUCCGCCCACCAUACUACACACCAGUGAAGACUACAAGAAGCUUGCGACCGACCAUCAAGAUAGGCAAAGAUAGGUUUCAACUGACAUUGAACGUACGACAGUUUAACAAGGACGAACUGAAAGUCAAGGCUCACCCAGAAUACGUCACGAUCGAAGGGAAACAAGAAAAGAAUACAGCUCAAGGAUACCUUUUGAGGCAAUUCGUGAGAAAAUUCAAGUUACCCGAUGGUUGUGAACCUUCCAAAAUUGAGUCGAGACUUUCCACUGAUGGUGUGCUUACUAUAGUUGCUCCAAGAGCUAGCCAUGAAGCUUCGCUACCUCUAGAACCUGUGUCUGUGCCUAUUAAUUAUGGAAAAGAUGAUAGGAAGCAGAUACAAGUGGAAGCGAAGCCUGAUGAGAGAGUAGGGCCCGGGGCGCCUUACUGUAGCGCCUUCCCAAAAGUCAAGGCUAGACCGAAAUAAAGAAUCGUUUUUAUGA